CGUCCCACAUACACAUAGCACCCCUCGGUGGCGCCAUCCUUACCACUAAGCCAGGCUACAAACUGCAGCAACGAGAGGCGGUGGAGGUUAAGGGAAAAGGCAAGAUGUGCACCUAUUGGUUGCUAAGCAACGAAAGACUAGAACACAGAAGAUCUCUCCGAACAGAACUCCUGUGAGGGUCACCUCGGUCAACGUCAGAAUAAUAUCACAGUUUUUGAGCCUUCCAAACCCAACUAUAAACCUCCCACGAGCACCCACCGACCACCCACGUCGCAUGGUUUGCGCUUUUUUAUGUGAAGAUUGUAUAAUUUAAAAAAACCCUGCUUUUUUGUAGCUUGUUUUUUGUUGUUGUUGUUGUUGUUAGCUUUUUUGUUGUUGUUUUUUUUCUUCAAAUUUUCCACAUGGUUUUUAAAGACAUUAAUAGAAAAAAACCGAAGCACUUUGGGGAACAAUGUCGUUUUAGUAUGUGAGUUUGCUAUUCAAUUUUCACACUCGGAAAAACAAAAUGCAGUUUGUUGAAGGGAAUUAAUCCAUCUUUUUCAUCACUCUAUCUUUUUCUGUCUGCCGCCUUGCAUACUACUAUCUCUAGCUGAUUAUUUUGAAGGAUAUCAUCUUUUUUACAAAUCAAAUGAAAAAAGUGAACAAUCAAACAAAAGAAAAUAACUGUUGCGAAAGUGUUUAAAUCUGUUUUACUUUCAAUAAUAUAUUAUGCAAGAAAGUAUUGCAACUGUGCAUAUUAUUAUUCUCUUUCAGCAGUAUAGUUUCCAUUUAUAAAACCAGAGAAGUAUUGAGUUCUGAAACUCAAAGCAUGCAAAAAUUACAAAGAUCAAUUUUAACGCUUUUUUUGAAGGCCUACACAAAUCAAAGUAAACCACAAAGUAUGAAAAAACCAUGAUAUGCUACUGAUCGCCAUAAUAAAAAUGUACCUUGUUGUACUUGGAAGACCAC